CUGACUAGAACUAAACAAGGCUGGAUAUUAAUAUUAAAUUAGUGUAAAACAGUGGAGACAUAUUCAGUGAAAAUGUUUGCAGGGCUUUCUGAGCUCGGAAUAUCUAAUGGAGACGAUCUGAAGGAAACUCUGACCAACUGUACAGAGCCGCUCAAAGCUAUAGACCAGUUCCAGUCAGAGAAUGGCAUAUUGUUGCCGACCCUGCAGUCUGCGCUGCCUUUCCUGGAUCUUCAUGGAACUCCUCGCCUGGAGUUCCAUCAGUCAGUGUUUGAUGAGCUCAGGGACAAGCUGAUGGAGCGAGUGGCAUUUAUUGCAGAAGGCAAGGAUGAAGACAGAUACCGUAAGUUGGAGGAACUUCUUGAGAAGAGCUUCCCGCUGGUCAAAAUGACAUCUAUACAGCCUGUAGUCAUGCAGGUUAUGAAGCACCUACCAAAAGUGCCGGAGAAGAAACUGAAGCAGGUAAUGGCGGAUAAGGAGCUGUAUAAGGUCUGUGCUGUGGAGGUGAAGAGGCAGAUAUGGCAGGAUAACCAGGCUCUGUUCGGGGAUGAGGUGUCUCCUUUGCUUAAGCAGUACAUUGUAGAAAAAGAGGCUGCACUGUUCUGCAGUGAUCUCUCUAUCCUUCACAACUUCUUCAGUCCUUCACCCAAGACCCGGCGACAGGGAGAGGUUGUACAGAAGCUCACUCAAAUGAUUGGGAAGAAUGUAAAGCUGUACGACAUGGUGCUGCAGUUUUUAAGGACACUGUUCCUGCGAACACGAAACAUGCACUACUGCACCCUACGCGCCGAGCUUCUCAUGUCCUUACAUGAUCUGGACGUUAGUGAGAUCUGCUCUGUCGAUCCGUGCCACAAGUUCACAUGGUGCUUAGACGCCUGCAUCAGGGAAAAGUUUGUGGAUGCCAAACGAGCUCGAGAGCUGCAAGGUUUCCUGGACAGUGUUAAAAAAGGACAGGAGCAAGUGCUGGGGGACCUCUCCAUGAUUCUGUGUGACCCUUUUGCCAGUAAUACUUUGGUGCUGAGUACAGUGAGGAACCUGCAAGAGCUGCUCAGCCAGGACACCCUACCCAGAGACAGUCCAGAUCUGCUCUUGCUUUUAAGGAUGCUAAGCCUUGGUCAGGGUGCCUGGGACAUGAUCGACAGCCAGGUUUUCAAAGAGCCACGACUGGAACUAGAAGUUGUUACACGUUUCCUGCCUGCCGUGAUGUCAAUUGUGGUGGAUGAUUACACAUUCAAUGUGGAACAGAAACUUCCUAGUGAGGAAAAGAGUUCACCUGCCUACCCCUCCACCCUGCCUGAGACCUUCACCAGAUAUCUGCAAGAGAACAGAGUAGCAUGUGAGAUAGGCCUUUAUUAUGUGCUGCAUAUUGCCAAACAGCGGAAUAAGAAUGCCUUGCAAAGGUUUCUUCCUGCUCUGGUGGAGACCUACAAUGACAUGGCUUUUGGAGACAUUUUCCUUCAUCUGCUGAUGGGUCAUCUGACACUUCUGUCUGAAGACUUCGGCAAUGAGGAGUUCUGCAUUACAGUAUUCGACCACUUCCUUAUCACCUCCUCCUCCAGUAAGGAGAAUGUGCACAGACAUGCACUGCGGUUAUUAAACCACCUCCACCAGAAAGUACACCCGUCCUCUAUGGAAGGACUACUGAAAACAUUAGAGCCACCCAAACAGAGCAGUGAACCAGUAAAGGAGCUGUACACACAGCUGGUGGAGAAGGUAGAGGCCUCUAAGAGGACCCCACCUGAGCCCGAGGAAGCCCCAACCUUGGAUCUGGGCCUGCACCCUGUCACUGUCCCCACCACACCCAGCAUUCCUCACUGAACCAACCUAGCAACUAAACUUGUUUGUACACAGGUUGUAGUCUGCCUAAACUGAUUAGACUGAUUAAAAAAAGCUGUAUGUAGCAUCUGUUUUGAUUAUUACCGCAACUAUUCCAGAACUCAUUUUACAAGCAGUUUUUUUUUUUUUUUGCUUCAGAUUGGCAAUUUUGUGGCCAGUGCUUAUUUUGAUAUGAAUAUUUUAUUAUUGUGCUCUAGUUUAAUCAGUUCAAAGUGAUACUUUAUGUACAGUACUGUUAUUGUGUAUGGUGUAGAUUUGCAUUUGUAGCAAGCCCAGUUGUAAAUAAAAUU